GACCUGCAAAUAUAAGCCCGGAACCCACCAACUCAUAAUGUCUUCCACUCUUCCAUCCCUCCCUGUAAAGCACCACGAUCUCGUGCCCUGGAUUCGCAACCACCCUGACACCCCAAUUGACGAGCUCAUAAAGCCGUACAACGAACAUGAAGCUGUCGUUCGGAAGCUCUUCGCACAGGAGCCAUCGAAUCCUCUUCUUCAAAACAACCACCUCAACAUAACCCCUUUAUACGACCAAACUGGCAGCAAUGACGUCAGAACUAGGGCCCGAAACCCGGCAGCCGAAACCCCUGAGGUUCGCGAGAAGUAUGUCCUGCCGUUGAGAGACGACGCUCGACGACCCAAUGGCUCUCCAGCCAUCGUUCCCAGUCUCAAUGAGUUCAAGAAGAACUUCAAUAUCUUCUCCGAGCUCUCGCUCAGUGACAUGGACUGGAGCAACGUCGUGGUGGCCGGCAGCGCGGUGGUGACUUCGUUACUGCCGGUACCGGAGAAGUAUCGCAGCUCGAAGCGUGCUUUGCGACAGUUCUACCAUGAUAAAUUUGCGCCGGCGUCGGAUGUUGAUCUCUUCCUGUACGGACUGACCGAGGAGGAAGCGAUUGCUAAAAUCAAGUUGAUUGAGGAUAAGGUGAAGAAUGCCAUCUUGUAUGAGACGACGACGGUGCGCACGAAAAACACCAUCACCAUUGUGUCGCAGUACCCGACGCGUCACGUGCAGAUAGUACUGCGCAUUUACAAGUCCAUUGCCGAGAUUUUGACCGGUUUCGAUGUUGACUGCUCAUGUGCCGCGUACGAUGGCAACCAGGUCUAUGUGUCGCCACGGGCGUUGGCGGCGUAUGUGACCCAGACAAAUCAAAUCGAUCUGAGCCGACGGUCACCUUCAUACGAAAAUCGACUGUCGAAGUAUUCUCAUCGGGGAUUUGAGAUUUUCUGGCCGGCGUUGGAUCGGUCGAGAGUUGAUCCGACUAUCUUUGAAAGAAGCUUUUCAAGAACCGUCGGUCUGGCCAGACUUCUUGUUCUUGAGAAGCUGCCCAGAUCCUCCGACAGAGAACAGUACAUGGACCAAAGACGCCAGGAGCGAGGACGCCCUGCGCGGGUGCAGCGAGGACGCAAUGGGCUGAACGGCAAUAUCAAAGGCGACUGGGAGGACGAGACGCCGGAGUGGAUGGAGGGCGAUGAGGUCUCGGAGUACAAUACAGUGACCAUACCCUAUGGACCUAGAUUUCAUGCGAAGAGAAUCGAGAAACUUCUCUACACUAAAGAUCUGCUCCUGAAUGCGGAGUGGAAUAAGCCCAAAACCAGAGAGGUGCAUUUGCACCGCCAUCCGGCGUUCUUUGGCACUGUGGAGGAUGUCAUCCAUGACUGCUGCGGCCACUGUCCGGAACCAGUAACUCCUGAGGAGAAAGAGGUGGCGGGAAAAGAAAGCAAGACGUACAUCUCGGGUGAAAUCUCGUUCAUCAAAGAUGAUCCUGGCCGUCAGGAAGUUGGAAGCUUCAAUCCCAUCACGGAGACUGAUUGGACGGAAAUGGCAUACAUCGGAAACACCGAGCGUCUGUGCCACGCCAUUGUGGACCACGACUUGGAUGCCGUCAAAGAUUGGCUCGCUGGGGAACCAGCGGAUCCUAAUAGUCGCGACUACACCGGGCGAGCGCCGUUGCAUCUCGCUUGCAUGACCUCCACCCCAGCCAUUGUUCAGUGUCUGGUUGACCACGGCGCUCGAUUGACUGCCCGUGUGGCAGACGGUCGGACGGCUCUUCAUAUUGCGGCUGCCCGAGGUAGUGUGGACAUAGUCAGAAUCCUACUGCAUAAGAGCGAGGAGAACGAAGCCGAGGAGGAUAAGAAGGCAGAGUUGCGAAGGGCCAAGACAGCGCAGGAUGCUGAAGACGCUCUUGAAGAUACUGACGAAGAUGUUGAAGUCAUCAGCAACAAGGACGGCGCAAGCUCGACCGGAUCAUAUGUCCACGUUGAAAAGGAAUCUGAAGAUGCUGACACCCUGCCUGGGGAUGAGAACAACGAAGAGCCAGAUAUUUACGAUAUUAAUGUCAUCUCCUGGGACACCCGCACUUCUCCACUGCAUCUGGCCAUCCUCCACGGACAGGUUGGCGUCGUGGAAGAGCUAGUCAGCUCAUUCGGCGCAGACGUCCUGCUGCCGAUCAAGCUCCUCAACAGCUACGACAACAACCCCCGAGCAGCUAUCCUCACCUUGGUUUUGGCCCUUCGACUGCCUAUGGAACAAGCAAAAGCGAUGACCGAAAAGCUUCUCCGGCUGGGUGCCACGCCGACCCAGGCAGAUCUGGACCACAACACCCCGUUGCAUUAUAUUGCUGCCACCUCUUACCAUGAGUUACUCGAUGUGUUCGUCAAGUACAACAAGCCGGCCACCCAAAAGGCACUCAACCAUUGCGCCACAAACGGCCAGACCUGGAGGCCCAUCAUGUACUCGACCCUGAUGAUGGCGAUCGCCGCCAAAGACAGUGCCACUGCCGUAAGCCUGCUCGAACACGGAGCCCCUCCGUUCCUCGCCUUUGAGAACUGGUUCAAGUCGGCGGCGGCGGGGGCGCCUUACAUCCGCAGUAACCAGGGAGACACAAACAUGGAAAACUUCCGGCACGAUACGACGCAGCCUAUUGUCCAGGCGGUCUUCGAGGAGCUCCCGACAGUCGUUCUCGAGGUCUUAAAACGUGGCGCUGAUCCGAAUACACUGAGCCCUAGUGGUCACAAGGUGCGUGAUUCGGGCUAUGAACCGAGAUAUGACAUGGGGAAGUCUCUGUUGGAUUGUGUCCGGGAUAAACUGCAGGAACUGCGACAAUAUAAGGGCGAACACCAGGUAGGUUCGGAUCUGCGUCAGCUUGAACCGCACGAGGUCUAUCUCGACGGCCUCCAAGAGGGAUCUUACAAGAUGUGGGUGGCCAAGGAGCAAAUCCAGGAUGCGGAAGCCGAGUAUGAAAAGGAAAUGGAGAACCAGCGGCAGCGGGCCCGAAGGUAUGGGGAGGAAGAAGGUGUAGAAGAGAAAAAGGAAGCUGUCAGCAGUCUAAUUCAGGAGUUCGAGAGGGUAGAGCAGACGUUGGUGGACAUGCAGGCGAAAACCUUCCGCGAGAUAUUUCCCGACAUCGAACCGGCUAAACCUGCAGACGUGUCAAACUCGCCACCCUACACCCCCGAGCCUUUCAAGCUGAAGUUUGACUUUCACAUUCACGAACUGACGGACGAAAAGCGAGUGGGGUAUUUCAAACUAUUCGAGGCAGCGUGGAGCGGCGAUCUUCCGACGGUUCAAGCGCUGACACUGGGAAUGUGGGGUGACGAAAAUAAACAACAGCCCCUUCAGAUUAGCGCUAUGGAUUGGAAUCGCAUGACACCGUUCUCUAUCGCCGUACUGCGCGGACAUCUCGAGAUGGCAAACGUCAUGCUGGAGAUCGCGCAGGCACAGUACAAGGUGGUGGAGACGAAAAGGGAUCAGCGGUAUGAGAUGGAUGAUGCAAGUGACGAGGGCGACAGCGACAGUGACGGUAGCGAAGGGAUUCGCAUCACCAGCGAGGUUGUCGAUGAUAAAUUUACCGUCGAUGAUAUCGGAGCUUUGGAUUUCGAUGCCGGAAGCACAGACUCUCCGUCCGACAUGCUGGGUCGAUUAUACCCCGUGUCAAUCUUUAUACAGAAAGCGAACUCCAGCUUCGGGCAGAAGCGGUUCAAGUAUGACGGCCUUUUCGAGUAUGCCAUCUGGACAGACAAUGCCCCUGUCCUGGCAUUAUUACUUGAGAUGGGACAGAAGUACCAGGCUAGGGAUGAGGAGACGGAACCUCGGAUCUACACCAUAGACGAGGAUCUUGUGUACAUGGCGAUCGAACAUGGUCGAACUCGUUGUCUGGAAGAGAUAAUCAGUCGUACUGGCGCGGAUCUGCCUAUCAACGAGCUAGUCAAGAAUAGUGGCGUGCAACUGCAGGAGAAGCCCAAAUACUACCAAGGCCUGUCAAUCCACGGACGGAAGCGUGCCGACUGGGCCGCUGGUGGCAGAGAGACACACCAGCCGGAUACCAACCAGACUCCGCCGCUACUCGUUUCUGCAUUCCGAGGAAGCCUUCCCAGCUGCGAGUAUUUCCUUGGGACGGCUCCAGCACGGCACUACCUGAACUUUACCAAGAGCCAUGCAGAGGACAAACGGUUGAAGCUGCUGGCUCAAUCCAGCGAUGGAGUGGAAAAGUCAAUCACCAAGUGGCUGAGCACAAGAAGUCACCUGGUUCUGCACUGCGCCGUCAUGGCCAAAACGACUCCCGAAUCGACAGAGCUCGUCCAGUACCUCAUCACCCACCACACCGAAUGCAUCGAGGCGAAAUCCCUGGCAGGGCACACUCCGCUAGCUCUCGCAUAUGCCCUGCGUCGCGUUGAAUUUGCCAAACUGCUCAUCAACGCAGGAGCUAACCAGGCCAUCCGAGACGGGAGCGGGAACAACCUGGUCCAUCUCAUGCUCUGCGGCAUGGAGAGCGAUGGCCUCGAGGUUCCCGACAACGUGACCAAGCUCCUGAGCCUGCUCGACACUCGCCUAGUAUAUUCCAUGCUCACCGAACGCUCGUCCGACGGGCCCGGAUCUCUGACCCCCCUCGCCCGCUGGAUAAAUGAAACCCUCGGACGGCGUUACUACAGACGAGGGCUAAACUUCAACCUGGAAACCGACGAACGGGUGGAAAUCGUCCGCUCCAUCCUCGACUUCGCCGCGCCCACCAACCAAAAACACCUCGAAAUGCUCGACGGCACCGGCAACACGCCCGUCCACGACGCCGUCAAAGCCCAGGUCCCUCGCAUCUUCGAACUGAUGAUCGACCGGCGCCCCGACCUGCUGCACCGCGAGAACUCCACCGGCACCACGCCCCUGGAGCUCGCCGUCGACGCGUGGGUCACCGAAGCCACGGCAAACCCACCUUCCCUGCCCAGCAAAACCUCAUCCGACUUCUGGGACGGCCGCGAGGACGAAUGUCGGCCUGUGGUCGACCGCGAUCCCGCAAGCUUCCUCCCCAAGCCACCGCUGACCAGCGAGCGCAAGACGAUCUGCGAUAUAAGUCGCGCACGGGCCGGCACUAGGUCGGAGAAGCGGAAACUGGUGAGCUUGAACGAAGCCAACGAGGUGGCCAAGCGACUAGCGGUGCAGAGCGAGGCCAAGGCGCGGGCGGCGAGGGAUAUGGAGCGGCGGAACGGUGAUGAUUAUGUGGAGGAGGUCUUGAGAACGGAUGAGGUCAUGAAGUGGUAUGGAACGGCGAGGUGCUAUGACCUUAAACGCAACACGUCGAAUUCCCUUGACUGGGGCGACGAAAAGGUCCCCGACCCCGUGCAUCAUGAAAGCGUGGUCCCUGCUAUCGUGACAAUUGAGAAUUUCCGUGUGCUGGGCAUGGAUCCGCAGGAUGAGGAGUUUUAUAUGAACUUUUCGAUGGAGAGGAGGAAGAAGGUUAAAAGGAAGGUGGACAUCCGACUCGUCCCUAUGCUAGCAGUUCUAUAUUUGAUCUCGCAUCUGGACCGGUCCAAUAUCGGCAACGCAAAGAUCGAGGGACUGGUGGAUGAUUUAGGUCUGAGUGGAAUCCAGUGGAAUAUCGUGCUCAGUAUUUUCUUCGUGCCUUAUGUGCUAUUAGGUAUGUCUUCUUCCCUCCGACCCAGCAGACCCAGCUAA